GUCUUCUUCUUCUUCGCGUGUUUGCGGCAGAGAGGCGGUCAGUAGCGCCCCCGUUGGGCGGUAGCGCGAGCUGACAGCUCUGAAAACAUGUGUGCUCACUGCCCUCUUUUACUCAAGUCAGUUGUGUGUUAGCUGCGACUGUAAUGGCAAAGCACAGCUAGAUAGCUAGCGGCCAACAACAGCUAACCCGGUGGCACGUCUCCCAGCGCUCGGAUAAGCCGCGCUCCGCUUCACCCUGUCCCGGGGGUCCGAGAACCAGCGAGGAGCGCUUACCUACUUCACCGCUGUGGGUGCUGCUAAUUACAAGCUAACGUCAGCUAACCAGCUGCAGACUCUUCUAAACAAAAAUGGCCACUGUUUCAAUUCCUGCUUGUACCAGUGCACUCUUGCUGGAUAUCGAAGGAACAACAACGCCAAUCACAUUUGUCAAGGAUAUCUUAUUUCCAUACAUCCGGGAGCAUCUGGAGGAGUAUUUGUCUAAUCACUGGGAGGAAGACGAGUGCAAACAAGAUGUUCAUCUGCUCAAGAAACAGAUUGAAGAGGACAUGAGGCAGCACCGGUCGUGCCCCGUCCACACCGUGGACCAGACUGUGCACACGGACGAGGAGAAGGCCAUCAGGGAGGUGGUGGAUAAUGUGCUGUGGCAGAUGGCAGCCGACAGGAAGUCCACAGCACUCAAACAGAUCCAGGGUCACAUGUGGCGGGCGGCGUAUGCUUCUGGGAGAAUCAAAGGCGAGGUCUACCAGGACGUGACUCCGUCCAUCAGAAGGUGGAGAAGUCAGGGCUUAAAGGUGUUCAUUUACUCGUCUGGAAGCGUGGAGGCACAGAAACUUCUGUUUGGAUACUCAGUGGAGGGAGAUGUUUUAGAUUUAUUAGAUGGUCACUUUGACACCAGUAUAGGAGCCAAAGUGGACAGCAAAAGCUACGAGAGGAUUGCCGAGCGGAUUGGCUGUCCGACCGAGGAGAUCACCUUCCUGACCGACAUCACCCGGGAGGCGAAGGCGGCGGAAGAAGCCGGCGUGAACGUGGUGGUGGUGGUCCGGCCCGGCAACAUGGAGCUGACGGAUGACGAGCGGUCCCACUACAGCCUGGUGGCCUCCUUUAGCCAGCUGGAAGUGACGGGACGUGUUUAAGGCCCGAACCACCCGGUCCUUCCCCUCUUUUUGCCCUCCUCCCUCCUUUUUGCAACUCUUCAUGUGUUUGCUUGUGGCAGUCGAAGAAGUGUAGGAGAUGCUAUCGCGGCUACGGCUAACCAUCGGACGGGGCCCCGCCCGGGGUGCCCCCUGGGGGCGGAGCCACGUCACUCACUGAACCACUCGAUUGGCUGGGAAGAGAACAGAAAAAAAACUAAACCUGUGAUCUUCUGCCCAAACCUCUCCACUGUUGACACUUUCCGCCUGGAUGUGUUGUACUUGUGUAAACAGUUUUUUUUUCCCAUCCAUGUGCUGUUUUCUCCCCCCCUCACACACACACACACACACACACACACACACACACACUCACACACACACGUUUAAUCCAGUGACUCGACCGUUUACCUGUUGUAGUGGUUUAGGAAGUAGCACUAGAUGCUGGCAGGAAGUUGUCAUUUCAAACUGUCUUAACUAGUUUGCUCGGUUAAUGGUGUCUAUUUAAAUGUGCCAUCCUCGUCAUGUUGGUGUUGGAAAGUUAAUGCAACAAAUUGCCAAAUUGAUGAUUGGUGUGUUUGUGAAACAUAAUUGGUGUUAUUCAGGAAACGAUGAUAUGAAAGCUUCCAAUAAAUGCCUUGUCUCACACAGAA